GGCUGUGAGACGACCAUCCGUGUGGUGUCCAUGGACAGGGACUACCAUGUGGAGUGUUACCACUGUGAGGACUGCGGGCUGCAGCUGAGCGGGGAGGAAGGACGCCGCUGCUACCCCCUGGAGGGCCACCUGCUGUGCCGCCGCUGCCACCUGCGGCGCCUCCGGCCGGGCCCGCUGCCCUCGCCCGCAGUGCACGUCACAGAGCUCUGAGCAGGGCUGUGGAGGAAGGGCUGGCCGGGGCCCAGGUCCCUGUCAUGGCGGGCCUGGCCGCCUCCACCCCACACUGCUCCCCACACCCCCAGCUGCUGUCCUGUCCGCGGGGGCCGGCCCCCCGCGGUGAAGCUACUUCUAUUUAUUCACCGUUUGUGCCUCCUCCAGUUGCUUUCCUCUGGGACCUGCUGUCUCCCCCCGCCCCCAUGGCCGGCUCUCCUGAGACCCCCGCAUGCCCCCUGCAGACAUGGGUGACGGGCAGCGGCCUCAGCCCAGCCCCCGUGGCCUCCCUGUUCAGAGGGAGCCUGGGGCCCUGGAUGGAUGGCCCUGCAUUUCUGGGGUGUCUCUGAAAGCAGGGGGCGGUGGGCGGCACGUGUGUGUGCGCGCGUGUGUGCAUGUCGGCUGGCCGUGGGUGCCUUGUUUGGUACUGGGGGCCCGGCCUGUGGGCGCUGUGGGAUUCAGCCUUGUCAGCCACAGUUCCCACCCCGCUGCUCACUCCCCUGGCCCCGACUGGGGGGCUGUGCCCCCCCAACGCCUGGCCAAGACGCACCUGCCCCGCAGAGUCCCCGCCGGCCCCGGGUCUGGGUCCGGAGGGAGCUCGAGGCCGGGAAAGCCCCCGGCCGUGUGCACUGGGUCCUGGGCGCCACAACAAAAGGAUAGGAUCUGACUUAAAUUAAGUUCUCAUGCGAGGAGAUUUUCAUUUUCUUAAAAAGAAUAUAGUUUUCUUCUAAGAACUUGGGCCAAGGUUGUUGUUCCUGAAGAAAGCCACCAUGCACUCAUGAGCGUCCGACUUGUGGGGCCCGUGGCCGACGUGCAGACGGCAAGAACGCCGCGCUCGGUAUUUUUGUAUAAAUGCCUCCAAAAUCCCGGUGUGUGUCUGCCUCUCA